AUGAGAACCUCCGCCGUCAUCGUCGCCGCCGCCGCCGCUCUGGCCAGCGCUCAGGCUCCUCCCGAGGGCACCAACAAGGUGACCUGCGCCAAGCCCAACGCCAACUACUGCCUUCCUGGCGGUAUCAUCGUCCGCUGCGACGCCAACGGCAUUGGCACUGCGGGCCGCUGCUCUGACAACGUUGCCGGAUACCCUCCUGCGGGCGGUGUUGCCGAGUGCUGGCAGAGCGGUCCCCUCGUUGGUGACGCCGCUUGCCAGAAGAACUGUGUCGUCUAUGCUCAGCCUUCUUCCUUCACUCUGCCUGCCUCUCAGUGCACGCCCAGCGCCGUUGUGUCCUCCGGCAGCGGCUCUCCCACCACCCUGGCCACUGCUCCUCAGACCUCUGCCCCCAGCACCAUUGUCUACACCACCACUGUAGUCAACGGAACCGUCACCCUGACCGUUCCUUGCACCACCGAGGCCACUUCCGUCACUGGAGUUGUUCCUCCCCCGAUCACUCCCACCGUCACUCCUCCCGCCGGCACUGGCGCUCCUCCCCCUCCUCCUGCUGGCGGCAACCAGACUGCUCCCACCGGCUCCAACACUCCCGUCGGACCUACUACUACUGGCCCUCACGUCGUCCCUACCAACGCCGCUGGCUCCAACCGCGCGACUGGUGCUCUGGCCGUCAUGGGUCUCGUCGCUGCUUACUUCCUGUAA